CUAGCGGAUCGGAGCGGCGCCCCCGCCCUGACCUGUCCGGCCGCCGGGUCCGCCCCGCCCGGAGGGUGGCCCGAGGCAGCCGAGAUGAGACCUCUCCUUGGGAGCCGUGUUACCUGUUGAGAAACAUGAUCAACAAGUUUCGCUGGAAGAUCUUGGCCGUGCUGGCUCUGUUCCUGGUCAUGGCCUGGUAUUCUAUCUCCCGAGAAGACAGUUUUUAUUUCCCAGUCCAAAUGGAAGGGCUGAAGUGCCCCCAGGGGGAGGUGGAGAAGAAAGCUGCUCAGCUCAUUGGCAACUACUCUCGAGACCAACCCACCUUUUUGCAGUUGAAGGAUUUUUUCUGGAUCCAGAAGACGUCCACCUACCAGCUGCCUUAUGGUGUCAAGGGGAGUGAAGAUGUGCUCCUGCGGGUUCUGGCCAUCACCAAUUAUGCCAUGCCUGAGAGUAUCCAGAAGCUGAAGUGUCUCCGGUGUGUGGUGGUGGGGAAUGGUCAUCGACUGAAGAACAGCUCUUUGGGAAACACCAUUGACAAAUACGAUGUGGUUAUCAGGCUGAACAAUGCUCCAGUGGUUGGCUACGAGGGCGACGUGGGAUCCAAAACCACCAUGCGUCUGUUCUACCCAGAGUCUGCCCAUUUUAGCCCCAAAGUGCAGAACAACCCUGACACCCUCUUGGUCCUGGUGCCCUUCAAGGCAAUUGACUUUCACUGGAUUGAAACCAUCUUGAGGGAUAAAAAUCGAGUGCUAAAGGGCUUCUGGAAACAGCCUCCCCUCAUCUGGGAUGUCAAUCCUAAGCAGGUUCGGAUCCUUAACCCCUUCUUCAUGGAGGUCACUGCUGCUAAACUGCUGAGCCUGCCCAUUCGACCGUCCCGAAAGAUCAAGCAGAAACCCACCACAGGCCUGCUAGCCAUCACCCUGGCUCUACACCUUUGUGAUCUGGUCCACAUUGCUGGCUUUGGCUAUCCAGACUCCUCUAAUAAGAAGCAGACCAUUCACUAUUACGAACAGAUCACUCUCAAAUCUAUGUCUGCAUCAGAACACAAUGUCUCUCAUGAGGCCCUGGCUAUCAAACGGAUGCUGGAAAUUGGAGCCGUCAAGAAUCUUACAUACUUCUGACUUGGGCAAGAACUGUAUCAUUCAAUCUGUGUUCCCCAUUGCCAGAGGACCAACUCUUGGCAUGGCUAUGGGGUGUCCUGGUGCUUGCAAAAUGCCCUUGGACCCAGCCCUCUUCAGAUACAGGGAAAGGGUUCUGAGACCAGCCUAGGGUGGGUUGGGGGCAGUGCCCCAGGCUACACCUGUGAAGUCCAGGGUCCAACAGGUGAGGCCCUGGACUCUUAAUGAAGAGCAUGAGACCGAGUCCAGGAGUUUGGAUUGGUAUUUUCAUGGCCACUUUCCCCACUGGGGUCAAGAGACUGUUUAAUGUUCUAUUUAAUUGGGGGGCUAGGGGGUGGGGUGGCAAGAAGAAUUGAUGCCUCAGCCACAUGAGAAGGAGUUAUGGGCUGGUCCCAGAAUACUCCCAGGAACGUCAGAACCAGGGCCUUCAUGGGCACGCAGUAUUUUUUUCCAUUUUUUUAUACCCACACAAAUGUGAUGGGGCCUUUGAGGCCUGGACUCGAGUACAAACAGCCCAAGAAAAAGGCAAAGAUUCUGGUAAUAUUAUUUUGGGGAAGGGGCUGCUGCCUCCCAGCUGGCAUGGGAGGAGAAUGAAAGCAUGAAGGGGUUCUUCAGAGGAGGGCCCCCAUUUUUUGGAAAUAGGUUUAUUAACCUGUCAUUAAAUAUUUUUCCUCAAAGGAA